AUGCCCCAAAACAUUCAUCCGGACCAGGGUAUGCCCCAGCACCAUCAGCAACAGCAGCAACAACAGCAACAGCAGCAAGGACAGGCACCACUGGACCUGAACAACGAGGCUACCAUUCAACAGAUCCUCGCCGAGCGCAACUCCCUCCGUUCCCAGAACGACCAACUCUGGAAGAUCAUUGAGAAGCAGCGUGUCAUCAUCCAGAACCUCCAACGAGAUGUCUCAAAGGUCUCUACCGAACGAGACUCCCUUCGCCAAUCCGCCUCUGCUGUCCUCAACAACAACAACCACAGUAACAACGCCUCUCCUCCUUCGUCCUCAUCCGAUCACACUCAUGAGCCCAACGGCUAUCUCCCACCUAACGGUCACCAACAACAGCAGCUGCAGCAUUACCCCUCGAACUCGAAACGCUCAAUGGAGAGAAGGGCACACGACAGUGAUACCAACGGAAACACCGAACGUGAGCUUGAGCCGGCCUCGGGCUUUAACGGAGACACGUCCUUCUCGUCAACCACUUCCUCCCAUGAACAACGUCAUCAUCACCAGAACCAGAACCAGCAGCAACAGCAACACCAGCAACAACAACACCAAUUCCAGCAGCAGCCACAACAACACCGCCACCUCCAACAUGACCAACAAUCACCCAGACAGCACGGACACUCACACAAACCUCACUCUAACAACAACAACAACAACAACAGCGGCCUUCCUCUCACUCCUUCCUCAACCUACGAAAGCGACUUUGAGGGCGCAAAGACCGAACCCGACCAGGACGUGACCCCCGUUCAGUCCAACGGCUACGACCAGUCCAGCAACCAUACCUACGAUAACACUCGCACCCCACCCGAGGAGGACCACUCGCAAGAUCCAUACGACCCCGAAGGCCAGAUCGUCUCCACUGCCACCCGCACGCAAUACCAUCAACCUGCUUCUCAGCAGACCCUGGCUCCUUCUUCGCAUCACGAGCGCGAUCCUCGUUCCUUGCCCAACCGCUCUGAACCUACUUACCCCCUCGAUGGACCUGCACCUGCACGCAACAUCUCGGGAAGCAUCGCCAUUCCAUCUCACCUGAUGCCACACUUGCCACCACGGUCACCUCGCCGUGAGCGUAAAGACGACAAUGAGGCCUCUGAUAACGAGGACGAGUACCAUCAGGCACAGGCAGGAUCCAGACGUAAAGGUCCAGCGGGCGGCCCUUUGAUGAGCCCUACAAGAUUGAGAGGCGAUGGAUCGGAGCAGCCUACCCCGCUUUCGCCUGCUUACCCCCCACAUCACGACUUGGAGACCUCCGAGGGCGGAUACAACUCGGCCCAGCGGGCAAGACAGGUCAAUCCCUACGACUCGCCUUUGAACCCACAAGAUCAACAAUACCAGCCCACUUCGACCUACAUUCCCGCCACACCUAGCUCCCCCGGGCAUAUGAACCAGACCUUCCAGCAGGGACCUGUUCACCCUAUGCGCAGGAAUGUCUCUGGUCAGAUCCCCAACCUUUCUAACUUGAAUGCCCAUGUCAUGGCUGCCCAAGAUGUGGACCCCUCCUCCCCCGGAGGCACAAACGGCAACUCUCUGCCUGCAUCCCCUAUCGCUGCCAUUAUUGAUCAGGAUGCCGAAAAGUACAGAGUGUACAUGAGUAAGCUGACCAACCCCAACCGUCGGGGACCACCUGGCGCAAACGGCGUCUCGGGAGACAACCAAGACCAUGCCCUGGCACUUGGACAGGCAGUGGCAAUGGAGAACAUUCAGGCCCAGAUUGAGAUUCAGAACCAGCUAAGGAGCCAGAGCCAAAACCAGAGCCAACACCAGAGCCAGAGCCAAGGUCCACCCCGCGUCCACCCUCAGGAUCAAUGGCAGGGACCCAGUGCCAGCGUCGACACUCUUGUGUCCCCCGAGAACGGUGGUUAUGCUCAUCACGAGGAACCCAUUGGAGGUUCAAAUGUUCCCCGCGAAAGACGCCGCCAGUCGUCCCUUCCUGUUUUGGAAGGCUACCCCAAGAUUGCCGCCCGCUCGACCUCGCACCAACAUGAAGAUGACGAUGGUUCCAAGGAAUACGCUGUGCCGCUUCCACCCAAACGAUACGACUCCCAGCCUAUGCUGGACAAUGCUACAGCUCGGUCUGGCUCGCCUACGCCUUCUGGCAACUCGUCUGUCAACAACACCUUGACCAACGUUCUGCCAACGAGCUCUUCACGUAGCGGACCCACCAUUCACCAGCAAAACUUCCAUAUGUUUGGCGACAACCUUGAGUUUGUUUCUGUUAUGGUCGUUGGCAGCAACAUCAGAACCAACGACAAGGGCAAAGAGCUCCUAACAUUCUUGGUGUCCGUAGGGCAUGAAGUCCAGACCAAGGAAGGAACCUACCCCCACAAGGAGAGCGACGAGGUUUGGCGUGUCGAGAAGCAGUACGUGGAGUUUGUCAACCUGGACUCCAAGCUGCGAGUGACGCAAAGCAGAAACAUUAUCAACAACUUGCCCAAGCUGCCUGACAAGAGCUUGUUCAGUAACCAUGCGCCCUCCAAGGUGGAUGCCAGAAAGGUUGCUUUGGAGCAGUACUUGCAACAAUUGACGUCGCUCCGGAUCAAGGACACUCGCGACAUGUGCGAGUUCCUUAGCACCAACGUUGUUGAGCGUAGUGGCCGCAAGGAGGCGAACGAGUCUGGCUGGAAGGAAGGGUACCUGACUAAGCGUGGCAAGAACUUUGGAGGCUGGAAAACCCGCUUCUUUGUCCUCCGAGGACCCGUCCUGGAGUACUUUGACACCAAGGAUGGCCAUCAUUUGGGAUCUAUCACGCUGACAUAUGCCCAGAUUGGUCGCCAGCAGUCGCCUGACAACAAGCAGGAUUCCGGCGAGAGCAAGGAGGGACCAGUUGACCUCAACUCUUACCGCCACGCUUUCCUCAUCUUGGAGCCCAAGAAGGGUCAGUCGGUUGCAGACGCCAAGCGCAACCCUAGUAGCGUAACGCGACAUGUCCUCUGCGCUGAGACUGACGAGGAGCGUGACGGGUGGGUGGAUGCUUUGCUUCUGUAUGUUGGUAAGGAGUCCAACGAUGGCUCGGAGGCUGCUCCUACCUCUGAGAAGGAGCGACCAGGACGUCGUAUGCCCGAGAUCCAAAAGGUGGCAGCCACCCCCAUCAAGGAUCUUGCCUCGGUGAAGGGCAAUGAAAAGUUGCUAUUGAACCAGGAAGCAUAUGAACGCCAGCAGCGUUCAAUCCCUCCAUCGGGCCCAAAUCAACAGAACCAUUUGAGAGGUGGCAUGCCAUUAUCGCCUACCACUCCCGGAAUGUCCAUUGACGAUCGCCUUUCGGCAGAAAGGCAGUCGGCCGAGGGUCAAUACGCCAACAACAACCGGCAGAACUACAGCCAAUACCCUGAACAGGGAGGACCACAGCCUCCAUGGAACACACCACCGCAGCAGCAGCAGCAGCAAUACCAGAACCAGCAGCAGUACCAACAGCAACAACAGUACCAGAAUCAGCAGCAACAACAACAGCAGCAGCAGGAUACGCAGGCCCCAGGAUUGCCAAGGAAUCAGUCCACACACUCCUUGAACCAGACCCAAGAAGAGGGUCAAUUCAAGGCGAGCGCGGAGGGCCAGUCGCAGACGCCGCACCUUUCGCCUCAGGAGAUUGCGGAGAAGAAGCAACGGUCACGGAUGACGUUCCACUGGCCCAAGAAGGCGGCCAAGGAAGAGCCCGCUGGCCAGUCAGGUCCUGGAGGAUCCCAGGGCAACAAGGAUGCCUCGACCUCGGGAGCACCUCAGGACUCUUCUCGUCUGAGAAACUUUUUGGGCAAGGGUAGCAGCAGCAACGCCAACAACAGCGCUGCCCAAGCACCGAACCAAGCAGGAGGUAGACCUGGGGACCAAGGAUCUUUUCCCGGUUUGGCACCAAUCCGUCAGGUGUUUGGAGUGACGUUGGAGCUGGCAAUGGAGCAGGGUCGUGUUCAGCCUGGGUAUGAACUGCCAGCGGUUGUGUAUCGCUGCAUCGAGUACCUGAAUGCACACAAGGCCAAGUUGGAGGAAGGAAUCUACCGGUUGAACGGAUCAUCGGCGGUGAUCAAAAGCCUGAAGGAGAAGUUUAACCAUGACGGUGACGUGCCAUUGCUGGCCAGUGAGGAUUACUAUGAUAUCCAUGCCGUCGCCGGUCUUCUCAAGCUGUUCCUAAGAGAGCUGCCCAAUUCUGUCCUCACUCGCGAGUUGCACAAGGAUUUCUUGCAGGUCAUUGAACUCCCGAAUAGACAGGACCGUGUGGACGAGUUGACGAGGCUGGUAGCGAUCCUCCCAGAGGUGAACUACACGCUUCUGCGAGCCUUAACGGCACACUUGAUCGAGAUUGUCGACAAUGCGGACGUGAACAAGAUGACAGCUCGCAAUGUCGGCAUUGUGUUCUCACCGACGCUAGGCAUCCCCGCCGGCGUGUUUGCGCUGCUGAUGUCGAGCUUUGACCAGAUCUUUCAUACGCACGAUGGACGGAUCAUGCCCUUGGAGAACAGCGAUAUGAAGAGUGGUGGAGGACUCCUUGCUGAUACGAGCGCCAACUCUGACGGCUUGAUGAUGGCUUAA